ACCUGCACGCCUAACGACUCACGAAAGGAGAUGCCCUACAUCGAUGGAUUUCCCGUGCAGGAGCACAAUUUUGCGGUUUUCGCGCGCGACGCGAAGGACUCGCUCACGCCCAACUCAACUCAGCGGACGACGCUGAUCGUAGCUGGGGUGUAUAUCGUCGUGAUCUUCAUCUUAUGGCACAUGCCGUAUCUGUCAGUCAUAAUCUAUCCGUUCAAGCUGUUGACUGUGGGAUUCCAUGAGAUGAGCCAUGCAUUGGCAGGCAUUCUCACAUGCGCGCACAUACAUUCCAUCGAACUUGACCCGGAUGAAGGCGGGGCGACCCGGAUGUCGGGAGGAAUACCGUGGAUCACCCUCCCUGCGGGGUACCUCGGGUCGUCGUUCAUCGGCGCCGCGCUCAUAGCGUGUGGGUUCGACACGAACGCGAGCAAGGUUGCGUCGCUCGCCAUGGCCGCGUUCUUCCUCUGUACACUGUGGUGGGCGAGGAAAAGCUGGCUACCGUGGCUGCUGAUCCUCGGCAUGUCUGGUCUAAUCGUGUUGUUCUGGUUCGUCGCUGGGGGUGUUGCUUUGAGAUACUUUGUGCUCUUCGUCGGCGUCAUGUCCGACAUGUACGUCCUCUGGGACGUCGUUGACGACACCAUUGCACGAAAGGUGAACGGCUCCGACGCCUCGUCGUUCGCGCAAAUUUGCGGAUGCUGUCCUUCACAAGUGUGGGGCGUCAUCUGGCUCAUCCAGGCCUUUGCGUUUUUUGCAGCGGGAAUCAUCAUUGGCCUCGUAGCAUUCAAGGAAUCCGCCUCCCAACAGGCAGAAGAUUCGAAGCAUUUCCUACCCGUACCCGGCUCUAGCGGCGCGAUGCAGCUCUUCCCUACGACCUUCUCCUCGACGGUGUUGUGUGCAGCAGUCACGACGAUGGUUUUGCUCCGUCGAUGGUAGCUCUCCCGGAGAUGAGUAAAUACGAGAUCUAGCGACUGGACGCUGCUUUGUAUACCGAUACUCACGACUCGCUUCUUGACAUGUACCGUUGUGCUCUUUGUAAUAUACUUGGGUGUGCUUUGUCCACAUCUCGUCC